AUGAAAUCGAAUAAUGAUUGGAAUGACAGGACAUCUGAAUUCUUUAAAACUUUGACGAAUAUACAUGACCUUGCCUUACGAGGUACUUUCGUAAUACCAUUGUGUACUGCAACAGUCACUGAACCUAUUGACAGUGUAUUGAAAAUCACGCAUCGUAAACAUGUGUAUUUGCCGAUUGCUUCUCUGGAUCCCCCUACCAUUAUUAAAGGCGGUGUUGUAACUUCUAUCUUUCAAACAGAUGACCAUAUCAUUAAAAUGCUGGUAAAUGACUGUGGUGGACAUGGGAGGGCCCUCGAAGUUUUACAGGAAAUCUUAAAAGACCGUUAUAUUCAAAAUGUAAACAUCAACGAUAUGAUGAAUGAUUUGCGCAUUAGACUUUAUGACCGGUACCAUGAGGCACUUAUUUUAUCACCUAGUGAAGCUAGAGCUAUUGCACAAGCAACACUUACUCGACAUCUCUUGAAAUUUAAUAAGCAUUUCCUGGCACAAAUAAGUAUCCCAAUCAUAUUGAACAACCUGGGCUAA